AUGUCACAGGACACCACAAUCGAGACUGCUCCCCAUACUGUGGCGGAUGCCUUUCUAGAGGCCCUGGCCGAGGCUGGCGUCGACUACCUCUUCACCGUUCUUGGGUCGGAUCAUCCCAGCAUUAUUGAAGCCUAUGUCCGCCGCCAAAAUGACCCAGCCAGACAGUAUCCCAAGAUGGUACUGUUCCAGCACGAAUUCGUGGCCAUGUCCGCCGCCGAUGGAUACGCUCGAAUGAGCCACAAGCCGGCCUGUGUGAUCGCCCACGUGGACGUGGGGACUGCAGCGCUCGGUCAAGGCCUGCACAAUGCAUCUAGCGGACGCGCCCCAGUCGUGAUCUUCGCAGGUGUUGCUCCAUCCACCCUGCUGGGCGAAGCCCCGGGCUCGCGCUCCGAGCACGUCCAAUGGUACCAGGACAUCCGCGACCAAGCCGCCCUCGUAGCACCCUACAGUCGCUUCAGCGCGGAGAUCAAGUCGCCGCAUAACGUUGGCAGUCUAGUGCAUCGCGCCGUCCUAAUGGCUACCACUGGCUCCCCUGGCCCAGUAUAUCUUACGGCCACUCGAGAGAUCCUCGCCACACCGCUGCCGAGCCCACAGGCCCGCCUCAAGCCUAUCCCCUCCUGUCAGCUGGGCUCUCUAUCCCCACAAGCAGUGGAACUCAUCGGAAGCGCACUGCUCAAUGCAAAGUCCCCCCUAAUAGUGACCGGGUAUCUGGGCAGAAACCACAGCGCUGUCCAGGAGCUGAUCAAGCUAGCCGACACUAUUCACGGCCUGCGGGUAUUCGAUUCCGAGCUUCGCGAAGUAUGCUUCCCAGCUACCCAUCCAGCUUGCGUAACGCGAGGAACUGGUGCCGCACCGGCUGUCCAAUCUGCAGACGUGAUCCUCGUCCUCGACGCCGACGUCCCCUGGAUUCCCCGCCGGAUCCAUCCCUCCCCUGACGCAGUCAUCUACCACAUCGACCUCGACCCGCGCAAAGAGCGCAUGAACAUGUUCGACAUUGGCGCAGCAGCCACCUUUCACGCCGAUACGGGGCUAGCACUAACGCAGAUCAACGCACACAUUACCUCUUCGGCCCGUCUCGCCGAUCUCCAGACCAACUGGACUGAUCGACACGAGGCCCUGCGCACAGCCCACGCCGAAGGUCGCGCUCGCAUCCACGCCCGAGCAACUAAACUCCUCGAGACCCCAGAUGCACCCUGCAGCGUGGACUUCCUCUGCAGCCGCAUCCGCGAGCUUGUGCCAGACGACACCAUCUUCGUCACCGACUCCGUCACCAACCAAGUCGCCAUGACCGAGCAGUUGCAAUUGACCCGCCCAGGUUCCCACCUAACCAAAGGAGGCAGCGGUCUCGGCUGGGCUGGAGGCGCCUCUAUCGGCGUGAAACUGGCCACGACGCGGUACGAUACUUCGGAUCGUCCAGAUGUGCGCGUCAAAGCGGACACCAACUCACCUUUCAUCUGUAACAUCACCGGUGACGGCAGUUUUAUCUUCUCCGUUCCUUCAGCAGUAUACUGGGCUAGCCAUAGGUAUGGGUGUCCAUUCCUGACUGUGAUUUUGAACAACGGUGGAUGGAAUGCGACUCGGCAGUGCUUGGUGGACGUGCAUCCUGGUGGUGAGGCGGCGAGGUUGUCGAGUAAAGAUCUGGGCAUUUCGUUGGUGGAGGAUGGACCGGAUUAUGGGGGGAUUGCGAAGGCAGCGGCGAAUGGGAAUUUAUGGGCGACGAGAGUGAGGAGUGUAAAAGAUUUGGACGAGGCGUUGAGGGAAGGGGUUAGGGUUGUGCUGGAGGAGGGGAGAGGGGCCGUGGUAGAUGUAGUGGUACAGUGA